GUUGUCAGAAACGGCGCCCUUUGCUGACCUCUGUCCUGUUCACCAGCGCCUGCUCCCCGGCACAGCAUGCGUUUUGAUUAGUGAAAGCCUCCCAUCAUGACGACUUGAUCCAUCGCCAUCAUGAUCGAGCCUUCGAUUCGACUGCGACGCGCAAUCCACGCGGGCGAUGCGCUGCUCGUGAAGCGCAUCCUCAAAUCCCACCCUUCGCUCCUCCACAACCCUGACACCUCUCCGGUUGGCCUCUCCAACUCCAACAUGCACCUUGCCGCCUCGCUCGGCCACAAGCAAGUCUGCAAGGUGCUCCUCGAAGCCGGACACGAAGAUCCAUGCCCCGCCCUAAACGAGAACCACCAGACGGCCCUCAUGCUUGCCUCUGGUGCUGGCCACACAGAAGUCGUCCACUUGCUGUGUGAGAACGACACGGGUUGUAUUCUACGAAGAGACGUUCGCGGCCGAGAUGCCGUCAUGGAGGCCAGCGUGGGCGGCCACGACACUAUACUACAACUGCUGUUGACAUAUGUCCCUGGAGGACCCUACGAGGCGGUGCAAAGAGCCGAUGCAGAGGGAAACACGGCUCUCCACUAUGCAAGCGGCAAUGGCAACUUGCUGGGCUUGCGGACUUUGCUCGCGGCCGGUGCAGACGUCGAAAGGCGCAACAUUUGGAACUGGACGCCGGCCGCGUAUAGCGCCACUGUGCAGGCCGAAGUGUACCUCAAGGGCUUGGUCUCAGAGGUUGGAAAGCUUCAGCAACAGCAGCAGAAGCGCAAGAAGGAGGUCGAGGUAGCGACCAAGAAGAUGGCUGUUGGCACGGUGAGGAUAGUUCGACAGGAUAGCAUUGAUGGCGACCGACUUUAUGACCUUUGAUGUAUGAGACGUUUCAUACGUGGAAAGCGAUAUGCGUCUUCUUGUGAGAUGACACCCAAGACAGAUUUACAAGCUGGAUUUAUGGGCUAUGGACUGCGAUGAAGCCUUUUGUAUUCUGACAUGCUGUUUAUUGUGUUUGCCCGACUGGGCUUGGAGUAUGGAGCACAAAGCAUGGAGCACAGCACAGGGGAGAGAGUAGAUGGCCGUGAUUUAAAUAUACUGAUGCUUUCAAUCUUUUC